GUUACAGUGGAAAAGUUUCACAACAGUCUCUUCCCAACUUUUUACAUUUUGGCUUUUUCAACUUUUCCUUCCAUCCAGCUAUUGUCGGGGUCCGAGCGUUUCUCACCUUCUAUCUAGAUUAUACUCCUAAACCACGUGUUAAUAUGGCCGCUAAUCACCUCUUGCUAAGCCUCCCCUUAUAAAAUCUCAGCUUUAUGCCUGCUUAUCCUCAUCAUUUCCUCAUAAUUCACCAGCAGCUAGGUAUCUUCAUUCUUCUGUUGCUUUUGAGCAGUAUUGAGAGAAGAAUGUAAAUAUAGAUGUUUGCCUACCCAAGAGCAGUAGAUUGAGGAUGAAGUGGUAUUCUGGAUCCAUGUGUGGAAAGAGAUCUGCUAUGGUCUGCUUGAUUCUGAAGAUCUUCUUAGUUUAUCUCUUGAUUUUGGCUGUUCAAUUUUCUUAUGGGGCUAACCCAGGAGAUGUUGCUGCAAUUAUGACUUUGUAUACUGCUUGGGGGUCUCCUCCUCUUCCUGGAUGGGGUGUUGAUCAAGACCCUUGCAAUGGGAAAUGGCAAGGUGUCAUAUGCGAGGAUACAAAUAUAGCUUCAAUUACGAUCAAUAGUGCAAAUUUGAGAGGUGAAUUAGGGGAUAAAUUAGGAGCAUUUUCUUCUAUCAAAACGAUUGAUCUGAGCAAUAAUUUGAUUGGAGGCUCAAUUCCAUCAUCUCUACCGGUUACCUUGCAAAACCUUUUCCUUUCAGAUAACCAGUUUACUGGAAGUAUUCCCGAAUCUUUGUCUUCCCUGACUCAAUUAUCAGCCAUGUCUCUGAAUGAGAACCUUUUGACUGGAGAUAUUCCUGAUGCCUUUCAAGGACUUACUGCCUUGGUCAAUUUAGAUUUAUCUACUAACAACUUAAGUGGGAGAUUGCCGCCAUCACUAGGAAACACAUCUGCAUUGACAACUCUUCAUUUGCAGAACAAUCAACUUUCUGGUUCUCUUGAUGUAUUGCAAGAUCUCCCCCUCAGAGAUUUAAAUAUAGAAAAUAACCAGUUUUCUGGCCCAAUACCACAGCAACUCAUGUCAAUUCCAAAUUUCAAGAAGGAUGGAAAUCCUUUCAACAGCAGCAGUGUUCCUCUACUUCCACCACCCUCCACGACACCUCCUCCAGUACCACCAUUCUUUUCUAGGGGCCCCACUUCUGCACGCCCCCCACCGAAGUCUGAAAGCAAACCUCCAAAACAGGCUGAUGGACCAUCAGCAUCGGGCCAAUCAAAUUCCAAUAGGAGCAAAAAGUCAUCCAGGAAAAGGGUAGUUUUGAUAUCUAUUGCAUCAGUGUUGUCCUUCAUAAUGCUGAUAUUAGCUAUACUGCUUUGUUUACCGAAGCGCCAGAGGCAAAGACCAGUGACUCAAAGAAUUCCCAAACGGCAUGAAAUAGCUCCAUAUACAGGACCUAGAGAGAGAACCUUGGAGAGUGGCUCCUUGGAGCAACCUGGCUCUGAUAUAGAGAAAGCAGCUCCUCCAACAGUAAGGCCAAAAGAGGAGGAACGUUCAAGAAGGACAGCAAUUAUAGAAACCCUUAGGGCUUUGCCCAAGGACAACAAUGAGAUUAAUCCAAGCAGAUUUGAUAUUGAUUUGAUGAUACCGCCACAGCCGCCGCCACCUCCGCCUGUAGAAGAGAGGGUUGUUGUUCUACCAAUCCCACCUGCUGAAGAAGCUGUACAGAAGCGCUCGAACAGGCCACUACCUCCUACCUCUGCAAAGACAUACACAAUAGCUUCUCUUCAGCAAUAUACUAACAGCUUUUCUCCAGAUAACCUUAUUGGAACUGGAACUCUAGGAGAUGUUUAUAAGGGAGAACUCCCUGGUGGCAAGUUUCUUGCUGUCAAGAAACUGGACAAAAGGGUUUGCAGCCAACCUGAGGAUGAGUUUUUUGACCUAGUAAACAAUAUUGAUAGGAUUCGGCAUGCUAAUGUUGUGGAGCUCAUGGGAUACUGUGCAGAGCAUGGUCAAAGGCUCCUUGUUUAUGAAUAUUGCAGUAACGGGACAUUGCAGGAUGCAUUGCACUCUGAUGAUGAGUUCGAAAAGGAUUUUUCAUGGAAUGUGCGCAUUAGGAUGGCUCUUGGAGCUGCAAGAGCAUUGGAGUAUCUGCAUGAGGUAUGUGAUCCCCCAAUCGUACACAGAAACUUCAAGUCUGCAAAUGUUCUCCUGGAUGACGAGCUGGCUGUUUACGUGUCUGAUUGUGGUUUGGCUCCAUUGAUAUCAUCAGGAGUUGUCAGUCAGUUGUCGGGACAACUUCUUACAACAUAUGGUUAUGGUGCACCGGAAUUUGAGUCUGGGAUAUAUACUCUAAAGAGUGAUGUUUAUAGUUUCGGGGUGGUGAUGUUGGAACUCUUAACAGGCAGAAUGUCAUAUGACAGGUCACGAGCUCGUGGUGAGCAAUUCUUGGUCAGAUGGGCUAUACCUAAGCUCCACGAUAUUGAUGCCUUGGCAAAGAUGGUCGACCCAGCUCUUCAUGGAAAGUACCCCGUAAAAUCAUUAUCCCACUUUGCUGACAUUAUUUCCCGAUGUGUUCAGCCUGAGCCGGAGUUCAGGCCACAAAUGUCACAAGUUGUGCAAGACAUCAUAGAAAUGAUAAGGAGGGAAUCUGACCAAGAGAUUUGAUGAUGAGCUAGUACAUUAAGUAGUGCCACAUUGGAAAAUUAAGGACAAUUAAAAUUGAAAAAUCAAGAAUGGAUUUUGAACUUGUUGGUAAGCCAACUACUACUGUGUAACCAAAACGAAAAUGGUGCAGACCAGAAGCAUUUCACAAACAAGGUCUUGUGUUGAUAUACCAACCCAAUCCAAGUAUCUACCUUUUUGUUUUUCUUUGUUGCACCUAUCCCAUGGUGUAGUUUUCUUCCCCUUGUAACUUGAAAAUGUAUCAUUCUAGUAUUCAUUUAGGCAACGUGUUGUCCAUGAUGCAUAAGCUCGCUAACCUUUUGGUUUAACAGGCGGCAUUUUCUAUUAGUUACCCUGUAUCUACUGGUUAGUGAAAUUUUGAAGUUGUAUUUGUAUUAAAGCUUCAAUAAAGUUCUACUGAGAAUGUUUUGUGUCCCUUUCUUUUAAAAGAAGAAUGCUUGUUUUUAAAGAAUAGAGGUCUAGGGGCAGCUCCGGUACAAACUAUGUUUAUUGUGUAAAACUAUGUAUAAUGCAUCUUUACACUAUGUUUAUUAGUUUUAUUACCAAAAUUCC